UUUCAUACGGUAUAUCUUUUAACUAAUUGUUGUUGGUUUUAUAACAGCUAAUACUUUUUUAGGUGUAAACUUUUAUCUUGUCAAUAGUUGGCAACACUUCAUCUAAUGUACCAAUAUCAUUGUAUCUGCAAUGUGCAUUUGCGCGGAAAGUAACGUAAUUCGGCAUUUUGUUAGAAUAUGUUUGCGUGGGCAGGCUUAAAAAUAAAUUUAAAUUUUAAGUAUAAUUUAGUAUAUAUGAUGAGUUAAAUAUUCUGGAAAAAUGAAAAUAAAUUUCUGGAAAACCUGGAAAUACCCAGGAAUUUUAUUCUAGGGUUGGAGUAGUCACCCUGUCUAGGAGAGAGACACAUCUGAUAAAAAAAAAAGCAAUUAGAAUAUAUUAUUUCCUUCUUGACAUUUUUUUCUUAUUCUUUUAAACUGCAAAGUGUUGGGUUGUAUUAUUCCAUUACGUGCAACACAAUUAAUUUUAGUAGCAUGUUUAUAGAAGGAUAUGAUUCUGGACAUGUUGAAUGCUGCAAGCAAGAUGUGUACAUGUUCUCAGUGUUUGUAAGUCAUUGCGGUUGCUGAUUCUUGCAAAAAAAAAAAUGUUGGUUGAGUUAGGUUUAGUUGCAUUAAUAAAUUUAAAUUUCUAAGUAGUACGUUAAUGUAGCCACCCUAAUGUAUUCACAACCAUUCACACGUAAACUACUUAAAGUAUUGCAAUACGAUUUUACAUAAUGAUUAGAAAGAAUUGCCAGCAAGUAAAAAAAUUUUUUUUUUUUUUUUUUCUUUUUCAGAUUCAUUCGUCUCCUAUAUAAUUACGCUGAAGAGAAAUUGUUUGUUAGGGUAUGUUCGCAAAUGCUAGUAUUACGUAAACUUGUUAAAAUAUUAAAUUCGUAAAAAAAUUAGUUCCUUUUUUUAUAUUUGCUUAACAUAUUUUGCUAUUUAGUUAUUACUCACAUUGUAUCAAAACAGCUGCUACUUUCACCAUGUAUGACAGCACAGAUAACCUACUGAUGAUCUGAUGUACCUUUAAUGGGUUAGUCCCAGGGAAAUGCAGAUUCGUGACAAACUCAUGGACCAAUCAUGCAGAGAAUCACUACCAUCUAACCUAUCCUUUACGAGUCAACCGUAGGGAACCAACCACGUGUUUGACAAGAUUCUAUGUCUCAGCUAACACUCAAGUAUGUUUAUCAUCUAGACAUAUUUUUGAUUUAUCAAUGAAUUUCACUUUUUCUGUAAUGUAUAGGAUUGACACGUUUUUCAUUACACAACAGUUCUGACAUCCAACUUCUGAACCCAAAAUAAAAUACUAUACAUUAAUGAAACUUAAGAAUAAGCAGUCAGAUAAAAGAAUUUUUUACGGGAAUUAGAUUGCUAGUUAACUGUAAGUAGCUCUUAUAUUUGUUGAAAUGAUUUAUAAGUCUGUAUACAAUAUUAUUGAUUUUUUUAAAGUAACUAAAAAGGGUGGCUUACUGCUAUUAAAGGAUGGCAAUUUUUUUAUUUGCCAGUAGUUUAAAUAAUGUAGAAACAGUUAAGGUUGUGGUUAUAACUAAUAAAAAUAAAUAAAUCAUCUAACUAUUUGUUUCUAUUAGAAAGAGGACCUAAUAUGGAAUUCAGGCCUGUGUUGUUACCAUUGUUAGUUUUUUGGGUUAUGAUUAUGAAGUUAGAUAAUUUGAUUUGUACUUUUAAUUCUACAUCAUAUUUUAAGGUUACCUCUCAUAUGUAAUGUCCCAUGCAUGACAAGACUGCGCGCCAGCUCAGAGGCGACACCGCGUUGGAAGCACCAGCGCGCGUAACACUGACACACAUACACCCUUGCGAGGUGGGCCUUUUAACAAGAUUAAUUUAAGUUGUAUCAUAUUACAGACUAGGGGAGAAUAAACUGGCUUCUCAAAUGGACAGUGCAGAUAAAAAAGUUUAGGACACCAUAUCACAAAAGUAAAGAAAAAGUCUUAGAUUAAAGUGUGUGAUACAAUUUGUCUCCCAUGAAUCAAUUUUAUAACUACUGCUCAAAUUAUAUAAUUUUGCUUAUUCAGUCUACUCUGUCUGAUCCAGUUGGGUUCACUCACUGUACCUCUAUGAUACUGUGUUUCUUAAAUAACUGCAAGAGCAAUCCAAUGAAAGGGAAAAAAACUGUAUUAUCUUUGAAAGAAUUGUGCAAUGGGAGUGCAUGACUUGAUGUGAGCUUUUGGACAUACGCCAUUGCUAAUGUAUGUCUGUAGAAGAAAACUACAAAAAACACAAAAGACAAAAAACACAAAAGACAGAAAACACAAAUUAAGCAAAAAAUUGCUGUUGUCAACAGGAUAUAUACACCACAUAAUAUUCCAUAACAGGAAUAUGGUCAACAAACAAAGAAAAACAAAGAAAAAUGGACUAACAGAACGAAAAAAAAACCCACAAAUGAUGACAGCACUAAAAAUAUUGAACCCAAAAAAUUCAGCACAACAGUUGAAAAGAGACAAAAACACAGCAAAACGAAAAGACAAAACAAACACAAUAGUUUUCCAAAAACAGAAAAGAACGAAAAAAACACCCACAAAUGAUGACAGCACAAAAAUAUUGAACCAAAAAAAAAGGCUGAGCAAGAUGUAGUCCAUUCUCUGAUAAAUAACCUCAUAUUUCCAGCCCCUACUCAUUCGCACCUGUGUUUUCGUACCAUGUGCGUCUCUGCCUGAGGACGGGAGCAGAUAGCAGUUCCCGAAACGUCGCUUGUUUUUUUUUUUAGCUUUUUGUCAUCAUUACUAUUGGUUAAGGGCUAUUUCUGUCAAUUCAAUAGAUAUCUUGAAUUACCUAGUUCUUCUUUUUCACAAAUAUUUUCAAUGGAUAUUGACCAAGUGUUAAAAGUUGCACAAGUGAUGAUAAUCAUAAACAAUUGCACAAUAUUAUGUUACACUUGGUAAACAUUCAUUGAAAAUAUUUGUGACAGAACAACAAAUGCAAAUUUACAGAAUUAGUCUUUCAAGCAAAUUAUUAACUUUCCGUGUGAGACCAAGUGUUAAGGAGUAUGAGGGCUCACCAUCCUGGAUUUUUAAAUGUUUUGCCGCAGCUUGCAAUACAGCUUGCAUGUUACAAUGUUUGGCGUGAUUAUAGCACUUUUUUAAGUCAACAUUCAUAGAUUGGGAAGUUAUGACAACAGUUGUAGUCACCUGUGUCAGUUGUAGUUUACUUCCAGCGGUUACAGCCUGGAAGCUGUAGAAAAUAUCAAAUUGUAAAAAGGUGUAAAACAGGACUCUACAAAUUUCGGUCACCAUCACAACUAAGUUUAUCUUGCUGGCAAAUAACUUCUGCCAAAAUACUGAGAUAUACAGUGGUUUUGUUAAAAACAUUGGCCAAUUUUGUUGUUACAAAAUCCAGUACAGAAGUUACUGGGACCAAGAAAAAGGGACAAUAUUUAAGUUGCAUUAAGUUAACACUAAUUACUGAUACAGGGUGGCCACUCACCGGGAAAACCGGGAAAACCGGGAUUUAUCAGGGAAAUCACGUUGAUCGGGAAUUAUCAGGGAAAUGUCAGGGAAUUUUUUUAAUAACCGGGAAUUUUUUGUGUCAUGUACAUUUCCCUGCCAACCAUUACGGAUUUUCCGUAAUUAUUACGGAUUUAACACAAUAUUACGGAAUUACGGAACAUCGCUGGUUUAUUACGGAAACGAGGCUUUGUGCUGCUGGGUAACGGAAAAAAAAUUCCGUUUCUGGUGUGCGUGUUUCGUGAACGCAGUUCGAAUACAUCACGUGGUUGCGCAGAUAACGGAACUGAUAAAUGUGCGCAUGUACUGUCGAAAUAAGUAGAUUAAUUGUUGUGUUUUGUAAUAGAAAUGGUACGGUAUUACGUCCGUUGUACGAUACAACUAGUACAUAUUCUCGGACUUUUCGUCUGUUAGCUACUUACAUCACGAUAAUUUUUGUACGGUACUUUGGCUAACCUGUCUUGUGUUAUUUACUUUCUUGAAAGCCAUUUUUUCCAUCAAAGUGUUUUUGUCGUGUGUACAGACGUGAAACCUUUUUAUGUUGUUCGAUAGUGUUGUGUUCUUCAGUGCCGGUUGUAGAAAUGAAGCGUGUGACAGAACAAUGUGUAUCUGGGUCAAAAAAAAAAACGUUAUUCUUCAGAACUUUCGACCAAACUAUAUUAAAGAAUGGCCAUGCUUGUCAUCUUCAAAUGUUUUGGAACGCCACGCUUUUUGUAAUGUAUGCACGUGGGACUUUUCGAUUGCGCAUGGUGGAAGGGAUGACUGAGGACGGCAUAUUGAAUCAAAGAAACAUGCAGAACAUUUUAAAGCCGUGACGAGCAAUAAAUCUAUAUCGUCGUUUUUCGCUACAUCUGAAGAAACGAAAGUAACAAACGCAGAGUUAUUGUUUACAAGUUUUUUGGUAGAACACAAUUUACCGAUAGCAGUAGCCGAUCAUUCGGAUAAUUUGUAUAGAGCUAUGUUUCCGGACUCAAAAAUUGCACAGAAAUACAGCUGUGCGAGAGCAAAAACAUCUGCUUUAGUGGAGUAUAUGGCUGGUGAAACUAAAUUGAAACUGUUGAAUCUUUAGGUCUGGAUGGUGUUUUAAGAGGACCGCACAAUGCCACACGACAUAGUGUAUCCGCAGGGCUGCCGCCCUGUCACUGAUGACCUGGGUUCCGAUGAGCUCAUCCGCAGACUCAAGACGCUGGCCCACACGCUGCAGGCCAUGGGGCAGGACGAGGGCAUGUACCAGCAGUACAUCCCGCUGGCCCUGCACCUCGCGGAGGACCACUUCCUCAUGCACCAGAGCCGCGAUGUGCAGCUGCUCAUCGCCUGCUGCAUCGCCGACGUGCUGCGCGUCUACGCCCCGGAGGCCCCCUACAAGGACCCGGAGCAGGUCAAGACGAUAUUCUUGUUCCUCAUCAAGCAACUGUCGGGCCUGAAGGACCCCAAGGACCCGGCGUUCAAGAGGUACUUCUACCUGCUGGAGAACCUGGCCUACGUCAAGUCCUUCAACAUGUGCUUCGAGCUCGAGGACUGCCAGGAAAUAUUCUGCGCCUUGUUCAGUCUCAUGUUCAAGAUAGUCAAUGACGAACACUCGGGCAAAGUAAAGAGCUUCAUGCUGGAUGUUCUCUGCCCGCUGAUCACCGAGUCGGACAUAGUUUCCAACGAGCUCCUCGACAUCAUACUGAUGAACGUGGUGGAGCCAAACAAGUCGCAGAGGAAGAACGCGUACCUGCUGGCCAAAGAGCUGGUCGUCAAGUGCAGCGACACCCUGGAGCCGUACAUCCAAGCCUUCUUCAACCACGUGCUGAUCCUGGGCAAGGAGGAGAAGACGCUGGCCAUCUGCCAGAAGGUGUACGACCUGAUCUACGAGCUGAACCACAUCUGCCCCAGCGUGCUGCUGGCCGUGCUGCCCCAGCUGGAGGUGAAGCUGAAGAGCGCGCAGGAGGAGGAGCGGCUGGGAGCCGUGGCGCUGCUGGCGCGCAUGUUCAGCGAGCGCGACUCCAACCUGGCGCGCCACCACUCCGCCCUCUGGCGCUCCUUCCUUGGCAGGUUCAAUGACAUUAGUGUGCAGAUACGGAUUAAAUGUGUUCAGUAUUCCAUGCACUUUCUUUUGAACCACCCCGAGUUGAGGAAGGACAUCACGGAGACAUUGAAACUCCGCCAGCAUGACGCGGAGGAGAACGUGAGAUACGAAGUGGUCAUGGCUAUCGUCACGACGGCAAGGAAAGAUUUUGAAGUGAUUUCCGACAGCGACGACCUCCUUGAAUUCGUCAAAGAGAGGACGCUUGACAAGAAGUUCAAAAUUCGGAAGGAAGCUAUGACGGGACUUGCCAUGAUUUACAAAAAGCACCUGAAUGAUUCGGAUGUUCCGCAAGCGACGAAGAAGGCUGUGACGUGGAUAAAAGAUAAGAUUCUCCAUGGGUAUUAUAUGACUGGAAUGGAAGACAGGUUGCUAGUGGAACGCCUGCUCAACACGUGUCUAGUUCCGUUCCAACUGCCUCCGGAGGAGCGGAUGAAGAAACUGUACCACCUCCUGGGGACUGUAGAUGACAAUGCCUCAAAAGCUUUCAUGGAGCUGCAGAAACAUCAGCUGGCUGUGCGGCGCAGCGUGGCGGAGUGGCUGGAGCAGCACCACCGCGUGCCCUCGACGGACCGCGACCGGGAGAUCGCGAGCCGCAUCACGGUGCUGUCGCGCUUCCUGCCCGAGCCGGUGAAGGCCCAGGAGUUCCUGGCCAAGUUCAGCGCGCACAUGCUGAAGGACGAGGUGCUGCUGGCGGGCAUGGACGUCAUCGUGCGGCCCGACGUCAGCUGCAAGGAGUCCACCGACACCACGACCCUUAUACUGAAGAAGCUUGGCCAACCUGUGAUGACCAAUCUCUACUACAACACCGUGAAGAUGCUUCUGGAGAGAGUUUCAUCGGUGAUGGUCGACCACGUUGCACUCAAAAUCCUCAUUGGUUACGUUGAAGACUGUUUGCGAGGGGGCAACUUGAUAGAAGAGGUUGGCUUGCACCCCAAUACAGCAGGGGAGAAAGGACUGAAAUUGCUCGUGAAGUUGUCGUUUGUGUUCUCGUCACAUUUCCUGCACGAUGACAUAAUUCGGCACCUGCUGAGUCUUCUGGCGAUCGAGGAGGAUUUCGUCGCACCGCUUGUACUUUCCGUGCUCACGUUUCUUGGGAAGUACAAGCCCUUAGGGGAAGUGUUUCCGGACAUCAUGCAGGAAGUAAUUCCCGUGUGCAAGCACUUUGCGGUGGUCGGGACGCCCAAGCAGGCCAAGCAUGCCAUACGCUGCCUCUACAUCAACGUGGUUCAGGGCCAAGACCCCAUUUUUGCAGAAAUACUUGAGAAAGUGAAAGACAAUUUGGUCGCAGAUUCCGAACAUUAUCGCACUGCCAUUGUUUCGCUGGGACACAUUGCAUACAACAUGCCAGAGAAAUACCCUGUUCACAUAAAGAACAUCAUAUCACGCAAGAUCGUGAAGGAGCUGCUGGUGCGUGACUCCAUGACGACCGUGGACCCCGAGAUGGAGCACCGGGAUUGGUGCGCGGAGGAAGAGCUGCCGGAGGAAACUGUGUUCAAGGUGGAGGCCCUGAAGACCAUGGCACGGUGGCUGCUCGGCCUGAAGGUAGACGUACUGUCUGCACAGAAGACCUUCCGCAUGCUGAAUGCCUUCAUCGUGAACAGAGGGGAUCUGCUCAACCAAAAAAAGCUCAGCAAAUGUGAGAUGGCCUGGCUGCGGCUGGCUGCCGGCUGCGCGAUGCUGAAGAUCUGCGAGCAGAAGGGAGUGGGGGACCAGUUCAACGCUGAGCAGUUCUACAACUUGUCCCAGUUGAUGACGGACGAGGUGCACCAGGUGCGCGAGAAGUUCACGGCCAAGCUGCACAAGGGCCUGAGCCGGGGCAUCCCGCAGAAGUGCCUGCCGCUGGACUUCAUGGGCUUCUACGUGCUGGCGGCCGGGGAGCCAGACAAGCGCCUCAGGUCCCAGGCCAAGCAGUACAUGGUCACCGACAUCAACAAGCGUCGCGACUACAUCAAGAGCCUGUCCAUCGGCACCAGCAGCAGCGUGGAGGUGUCGGGCCAGCUGUCCUUCAUCCUGCCCGACUACAUGCUGGUGUUUGCGAUCCCCGUGCUGGCCCACGACCCGCUCUACACGUCGCACGAGAGCGCGGAGCAGCUGGAGCGGGUGCGCCAGUGCCUGUGGUUCGUGCUGGAGCCGCUCGUCACCAAGAACGACGCCUACUGCUUCAGCUUCUACAAGGACCUGGUGGAGAAGAUGAAGAACCACCGCGACGCCCUCAAGCCGGACGACGACGCCACCAACUUCAAACUUUGGGCGGUUUGCGACGUGGCGUUGGCGCUGAUCUUCGCCAAGACGACGAACUUCGACAUGAAGGAGUUCCCGUCGGAGGCGCGCAUCCCGGACAUGUACCUGCGGCCGCCGGACGACCCCAUGUUCGUGAACACGCGCAACUUCCUGCCCCCGGAGCUGCAGGCCGCCCGGAAGACCGGCAUGACCUUCGUGCUGGCGGACAAGGGCCGGGGGCGCCAGAGGGGUCGCGGCCGGCAGAUAGCGCCGCCCGCCGCCGGCAUCGACCAGACCGACGCCAAGCUGGAGGAAGGAAUGGAGUGCAUCGAUGCUGAGCCCUCUGAAGCAUCGGAAACUAAAAUCCAGUUACCAGGUAUAGAAGAAGAGAGCGAGAACGACACCAUGGAGCCUCCUGCCAAGAAAGCAGCACUCAGCAUGCCCAAGGUGGAGAUCAUGUGAGAGUGUACGUAGUGCGGCGCAGAGCGGAGCUGGGGACCUUCGGUGGACUUGAAGCUAGUGACGCUAGUGAUGCUAGUGACCAGUUGACAUGCGCCAGAACAGCUUCCAGGUCGUAUUUAUUGCUGGUGAUUUUAACCAUUGAUUUGUGAAGUUAACACUGCAGAAUAUUCAAGCAGAUUAUUCAUAGUAUUUUGCUGUGAGUUUAACGUCUUUUCCAAGAUGAUAACAUCAGGAAGACGACCCAGAUAAGUUAUUUGCAACUUCAUUUACCAUUUGUAAGAUAUUUUCAUACUUACCUUCUUGCACCGAUUAAAAUACAGGACUGAAUAUUGUCAGUACAUUGACAAAAUCUUUUUGUUAGUUUAAGUUCAGAAAUCAUAAAGUUGUUAUGGAAUUGUUAGUAAAGUGGAGUGGUGUAGUGUACUGUAUAUUCCAGACCUAGUUCAUAAAGCAGAUGCAGAAUUGGACUAUUUUUCCAGUGCGUAGCAAGCAACAAGUUUGUUUAAUGUAUUAUGGUUUGCGUGGACAUCAGUGUUAAUGUGUAGGCUAAGAAGUUAAUUUAUUUUUAUGACUUUUAUAAAAAAUUGUUUUACUUAAGUGUUUAGUUACUGACAAUGUUUAGUGAAGCUAGCUACAGUAAUGUGAAAUCAUACUUUGCAGGGCCAUUUAUUCAUCUAAAUGGCUUAAAUAAGUGAAGAUUAGAUCAUGAUGGGGACUUUGAGUUGUAAUAUACUUUUUCAGUUUGGAUUUUGUAGGUUUGAAUGGUACAUUAAAUGGUCUUGGGAUUUUCAUUUUCAAUCAAAUGUAAAUUUCAUUAUUGGAAGAGCAGAAGGAGAAAUAGUGAUGCAGAUUGUGGGUUAGGCAAAUUCUUGACUAUAAUAAUGUUACUCUCAUUUUUCAUAAUUUUCACAUUUCUGCAAUGGUUGAUAUUUUAGUGUAGGAUCAUAACUCCGUGUGUUCGUUGGCCUUGCACGUGAGGACAUUGUACAAAUCAUCAUUCUCGGAGUUGCUCUUUCGGUCUCUGGAUCUCAUCAUUUCUACUAAGAACUCUCAUUGUGAACAUGUUUUGUAUAAAGGUGGGAGGCAGGUCACUCAGCUACUAAUAACAUUAGUGUUCAGAAGAUAAGAAAACAAAAGCUUAGAGAUUGGUGUCAUUUGCUGAGUCACUGUCACACACACCACAAGUGCCCAAUUAGUAAAUGAGGUGUUGGACAGUUUGAGUACUUUAGAAUGAACAAUACCAAAAAUAAAUGAAUGAAAGGUAAAUAAACUGUGAAACCUUCUUUAUUUAUUACAUCCGCAAGGGAUAGAGGGGGAAAUAUCCAGAAUUAGUUACAUGCAACCAAAGAAAGGUAUAGAUUCAGGAAUUUUAAAGAGAUAUUACUCUGCAUUUCUGUACUUGAGGCUAGGAUGAUGUCUUGAUUGAGCAUGUUCAUAGGUGAUAAAGACCUCAAGCUUCUGAUGCAGGAGUGGAGUGAUUUAUAGUUUUUUUUUAUAAUGAUACUCCAGGUGUGUGUGUGUUUUUAAUCUAGCUGUAGUCAGCAUUUUUAGCUUAAGGACAGUUCACAUUGUGUGUCUAUCUGUAAGCAUCUGAUUUCUGAUCUUUUGAAUACUCAUUUUAUCAGUUGUGUUGUACAAGAUAAAUAUAUUUUAAUGUUUCAGUUUGUGAGCAACAGUUGUAAAAUAAUCAGUCACUGGUUAUUAAGUAUAAAUAAAUGUAUCACUAUUUACACAUUUUA